CCUUCCAACGAAGCUCAACAAUGGCAAGAACCAAGCAAACUGCUCGCAAAUCCACCGGAGGCAAAGCCCCGAGGAAGCAGCUCGCCACCAAGGCAGCGCGUAAAAGCGCACCAGCUACCGGUGGCGUGAAGAAGCCUCACCGUUACAGGCCAGGCACCGUGGCUCUGAGAGAGAUCCGUCGCUACCAGAAAUCCACUGAGCUGCUGAUCCGCAAGCUGCCCUUCCAGCGUCUGGUCAGGGAAAUCGCUCAGGAUUUCAAGACCGACCUGCGCUUCCAGAGCUCUGCUGUCAUGGCUCUGCAGGAGGCUAGCGAGGCUUACCUGGUUGGUCUGUUCGAGGACACCAACCUGUGCGCCAUCCACGCCAAGAGAGUGACCAUCAUGCCCAAGGACAUCCAGCUGGCUCGUCGUAUCCGCGGAGAGCGUAGAAACGCAACGAGAAUGGCAGACGCUGCUCCAGCCCCCGCUGCCGCACCGGCAAAGGCACCCAAGAAGAAGGCACCCAGGCCCAAGAAGACUGGUCCAAGUGUCGGCGAGUUGAUUGUGAAAGCAAUCGCUGCCUCCAAGGAGAAGAAGGGAGUGUCCCUCGCCGCUCUGAAGAAGGCGCUCGCAGCUGGCGGAUACGACGUGGAGAAGAACAAGGCUCGUGUCAAAGUGGCAGUCAGAGGACUGGUCACUAAAGGCACCCUUGUCCAGACUAAAGGAGUCGGUGCGUCCGGAUCCUUCAAGUUAGCCAAGAAGGCGGCAGAGCCCAAGAAGAAGGCAGUCAAGAAGCCAGCGGCCAAAAAGCCAGCUGCCAAGAAGCCCGCCGCAGCAAAGAAGCCCAAGAAGGCAGCAGCCAAAAAACCAGCCGCCGCCAAGAAAUCCCCGAAGAAGGCUAAGAAGCCCGCAGCCCCCAAGAAGGCUACAAAGAGCCCCAAGAAGGCAAAGAAGCCUGCGGCUCCCAAGAAGGCAGCAAAAAGCCCGAAGAAGGCUAAGGCAGCCAAGCCCAAGGCAGCUAAACCUAAAGCAGCCAAGCCCAAGAAGGCAGCCCCUAAGAAGAAACUGCUGCGCAAAGGCAACUAUGGUGAGCGCGUGGGAGCUGGCGCACCCGUCUACCUGGCCGCAGUGCUCGAGUACUUGACCGCUGAGAUCCUGGAGUUGGCUGGCAACGCCGCUCGUGACAACAAGAAGACUCGUAUCAUUCCCCGUCAUCUGCAGCUGGCCGUGCGCAACGACGAGGAGUUGAACAAACUGCUCGGUGGAGUCACCAUCGCUCAGGGUGGUGUGCUGCCCAACAUUCAGGCUGUGCUCCUGCCCAAGAAGACCGAGAAGUCCAAACGCCAGCACAGUCAGUUGCCAUGCAUUCAUCCACGACUAUUGCUGCAUUCCCCAGAGCAUGCGCUUCUCGUUUGGCUUCACGUUCGUUCCUUCCAACGAAGCUCUACAAUGGCAAGAACCAAGCAAACUGCUCGCAAGUCCACCGGAGGCAAAGCCCCGAGGAAGCAGCUCGCCACCAAGGCAGCGCGUAAAAGCGCACCAGCUACCGGUGGCGUGAAGAAGCCUCACCGUUACAGGCCAGGAACGGUUGCUCUGAGAGAGAUCCGUCGCUACCAGAAAUCCACUGAGCUGCUGAUCCGCAAGCUGCCCUUCCAGCGUCUGGUCAGGGAAAUCGCUCAGGAUUUCAAGACCGACCUGCGCUUCCAGAGCUCUGCUGUCAUGGCUCUGCAGGAGGCUAGCGAGGCUUACCUGGUUGGUCUGUUCGAGGACACCAACCUGUGCGCCAUCCACGCCAAGAGAGUGACCAUCAUGCCCAAGGACAUCCAGCUGGCUCGUCGUAUCCGCGGAGAGCGUGCUUAAGUCUUUCCCCUUUACAACAACAACGGCUCUUUUAAGAGCCACCCACAC